GUUGGAAGGACUGAAGGAGGUAAAUUCAUUUCUUGCUGAAGUGGCUCACUGGUCCUGAGGUGGCAAUCUGUUGGUCUUGAGGAAGAAUGUUCUGCAGGAGUGUUUGCUGUAACCAUUGGUCAUCUGUGGAGAGGUUAGAUGGGAAAACAGUCAUCAUCACAGGAGCCAACACUGGAAUUGGAAAAGAAACGGCCAGGGACCUGGCAAGAAGAGGCGCUCGCAUCGUCAUGGCGUGCAGAGACCUGGAGAGGGCAGAGGAAGCCCGGGCGGACAUUGUGGAAGACACGGGAAAUGAGAAUGUGGUCAUCAGGAAACUAGAUCUCUCUGACACCAAGUCCAUCCGAGUGUUUGCGGAACUCAUCAACAAAGAGGAGAAACAAGUGAAUAUCCUGAUAAACAAUGCAGGCGUCAUGAUGUGUCCCUACUCCAACACUGCUGACGGAUUUGAAAUGCAGCUAGGUGUUAAUCAUUUGGGUCACUUCCUGUUGACUUACCUGCUGCUGGACCUCAUCAAGCGUUCAGCUCCUGCCCGUAUUGUCGUUGUGGCAUCAGUGGCCCACACCUGGACCGGCCUUCGACUGGAUGACAUCAACAGUGAAAGGAGUUACGAUACAAUGAAGGCCUAUGGGCAGAGCAAGUUGGCUAACGUCCUCUUCGCACGCUUACUUGCCAAGCGGUUACAAGGUACAGGGGUGAGCGUGUUCUCUCUGCACCCGGGGGUGGUGCAGUCUGACCUGUGGAGGCACCAGCACCAGUGUAUCCAGUUGGCAGUGAAGAUCUUCAGGAUUUUCACCAAGACAACACUGGAGGGAGCACAGACCACCAUCUACUGUGCUGUGGAGUCAGGCCUGGACAGCCAGAGUGGAGGGUACUUCAGUGACUGCGCUCCUGCAAGGUGUUCGAGGGCAGCUUCUGACGAUGACUUGGCCCAAAAACUAUGGGAAAUCAGCUGCAACAUGCUUGGCAUCUCCUGGCAGUCAACAGUGGCAAAUUAACUGUGCAGUGAAAGAUAUUGUAUGUUAUAUAUCAUCUUUUAAACAGCACUUUUACACACUUCUAUAAAGGCAUUAAUGUUACUGCAACUGUGAAACAGAUGUAGUUUAUGACUCAAAGUACAUUACAAAGAGUCUGUUUAUUUUGUAAAAUAUCAAAAUGAAUCCGACGUUUUAGUCAAAUUGUAUUUAUCAAACAAGAUUGCAUGUCUUUUACUGUACUUUUACUAGCCGAUGUGGACAUUCUUUGUUUAGUCAGUUUUGUAUCUUUUAUAUUGGAUAGCUUGUAAAGACGUUAGCCAGCACGGUCUUGCUUUUAAUGAAAAUGACCUGCUUACAUGCCCCUUACAAACUUUGAGUUCCAGUUUGGCUGUAGUUUUCGGCACUGAUGAGAACAAUUUGGCUCUAAACUGCCUCCAAAAGCCGUUUUUCAAAGUAACAUUUGAAUGAAAUACUCUACAGCAGUGCACACAUACAGUAUUGUGGUUGAUAGUUAAAGCACUUACUUUUUUAGCACUUAAAGUAUUAUAAUAUAUAUAGGCUACAUUUUUUAAUAAGUAAAACUUGCGCCAUUAAAUGAGUAUAAUUAAAAUUAUUUAUUUUUUCACUGAAAUAUGUAAUUGAAUAGCCUCAUAUCGUGCCAUCUGCCAUUUCAGAUGACUUCCUCAAACCUCAAAAAAAAGUUACACUGGCAGACACUGCAAAUUUCUGCUUGUUUGUGACUUUUAUGUAAAAGUUACUGUGUACAUGAGUUCUUCUGAGUGUGUUUAGUUAAAAGUAACAUUUUCCAAGCUGUUAGGUUGACCUGUUCAAUUGCAGUAAUGUGACACUGGGAUCAAUUUAGCCUUUGAGAGCUAAAAGAGAUUAGUUUGGUGUAUUCAUAAUGAGAGAAUUGAGGGUCUUAAAGUCUUAGCCAUACCACCCAAACAGAUGACUGAAUGUCGAUGUGACUACUUACAGUCGAUAUGUAAAAAGUAAUGUCGGAAUCCUGCUGCCUAUAGCAAAGUAUUGUUUAGUUUAGUUUUAGUAUUCACUAUUUUGCUAAUUGAUUGAGGUCCCAAUAAUGGAUGGAAAAGUGUAUAUAAUGCAGUGGACUGCUCUUAGUAUUACUGUAAGCGUGGGACUUCAGUAAAUUGUGGCACAAAGACCCAGAAAAAAUGUCGCAAUUCCUUUUAGAAACAGUAUCUUAAUCUAAAUCACAUGAUGGAGAAUUUAAGACUAAAGGAAUGUGGCAUGAGCAAGAGGAGUGGCUAUGAGCAGUCUAGGACCAAGUUCCCUGAGAGCAAUGUGUGAAUUCAA